ACUUUGCACCCCAUAUGAACACAUUAGAAUUCUGUCAGUAAGUGUGUGAAUGGAUCAGACUGGUAUCGGAAAGGGCAGGAUACACAUUAACACAACCUGUGAUAGAAGAGAAGAGCCAGGGAAGUUAAUCUAUCCAUUGCUGUCCAAAACUUCACUGCACAACCAGACCUGAAGACCUAUCACUGGAGAACAUUAAGGAUUACAUUUUCAUUGUGAGGACAUGCUUUUGGGAUCUAUACACUGGAGGUGAUCUGAACAGUGAGUGUGAGAAGAGAAAUUUAGUAAAGGUUCACAUUCACGCCUGGAAUAGAGAAUUGAGUAUUCAGUAGAGUUUUCCAAAAUGGAAAAAGAGAUGAAAGACACGGAGCUCAGGAAGAGGGUACCAUAUCACAUUCACAGAGAUGUACUGGAUGAGCUCAGUGUCGACCAAGUUGCUGAGAAGUCAGAUGUCAAAAUUUCAGCAAAAGAAAAACUCAAAGAUGCUGUCAGGUGUACAGGCCCACGGUUUAAGAGCUGUUUCCUAUCCUUUGUUCCUCUCCUGGCAUGGCUGCCUCGAUACCCAUUUCGAGAAAAUGCUAUUGGAGAUCUGAUAUCAGGAAUUAGUGUGGGAAUCAUGCACCUGCCACAAGGUAUGGCAUAUGCGUUGCUGGCUGCUGUCCCUCCUGUUUUUGGUCUCUAUUCCUCCUUUUACCCCAUUCUCAUUUAUUUCGUAUUUGGAACAUCCAAACACAUCUCUGUGGGUACGUAUGCAGUUAUGAGCGUUAUGAUUGGCAGCGUGACAGAGCGUUUGGCUCCAGACUCAGACUUCAUGAUGCCAGGCAAUGACACCAACAUCACCAUCUUAGACACCGUCGGCCGUGAUGCGGAGAGGGUCAAAAUCGCUGCCACUGUGACUUUCUUAUCUGGCAUUUUCCAGUUGCUCCUCGGUGUGGUUCGGUUCGGUUUUGUGGUGACGUAUCUGUCAGAGCCAUUGGUGAGAGCUUACACAACAGCAGCCGCCAUCCAUGUUAUCGUCUCCCAGCUGAAAUAUUCCUUCGGCAUCAACCCACGUCGGUACAGCGGACCUUUGUCUCUUAUAUAUACAGUCAUAGAGAUUUGUGCAUUGCUUGGAAAGACUAACAUUGGUACUCUGGUAGUUAGCAUUGUAACCAUUCUUGGCCUGAUCGGUGCAAAGCAACUUAGUGCCUUGGCAGCACGCAAAAUUCCUGUUCCUAUUCCUGUUGAGCUGAUCACUAUUAUUAUCGCUACUGUGGUGUCAUGGCAGAUGGAUUUGAAGACAGAAUACAAUGUUGAAGUGGUUGGACAAAUUCCAUCAGGUCUGCAGGCUCCUGUGGUGCCCGCUGUUUCACUGAUGGGUUCAAUGGUCGGUGAUGCUUUUGCACUGGCUGUUGUUGGUUAUGGGAUUGCUAUCUCACUGGGUAGAAUUUUUGCCCUUAAAUAUGCUUACAAAGUCGACAGUAACCAGGAGCUCAUAGCAUUGGGUCUGUCUAACUCCAUCGGAGGCUUGUUCAAGUGCUUUGCUAUCAGCUGCUCUAUGUCUCGCACUAUGGUGCAGGUCAGCACAGGGGGGAAGUCACAGGUGGCUGGAGCAAUUUCUGCUCUGGUAAUUCUGGUGAUCUUGUUAAAGAUUGGAGAACUCUUUGAAGAGCUGCCAAAGGCAGUGCUGGCUGCUAUAAUCUACGUAAACCUGCAAGGCAUGAUGAAGCAGUUUGCAGACAUCUGCUCUCUCUGGAGGACCAAUAAAGUGGAUAUGGUGGUGUGGGUGAUGACUUUGAUCUUGACAGUGUUGUUCAAUCCUGAUUUGGGACUGGCUGCAUCUAUCGCCUUCUCCAUCCUCACUGUCGUCUUCAGAACUCAGCUACCGAAAUACUCUCUCCUUGGCCAGGUUCCUGGCACUGACAUCUACAGACCAGUAGAGGACUACAAUCAGGUGAAGGAGAUUCCUGGUAUAAUGAUUUUCCGUUCAUCUGCAACAUUGUACUUUGCCAACGCUGAAAUGUACAUCGAUGCACUGUAUGAGAAGACUGGGGUAGACGUGGCUAAACUUCUCUCACACAAGAAAAAAUUGGAAGCAAAGAGACUCCGAAAAGAAAAGAAAGCCGCAAAGAAGGCGAAGAAAGAGGCCAAGAAAAGAGCUAAAGAAGCUGCCGUUCAAGCUACUAAGGGGGAGGAUCUCCAGUUGUCGGACACAGAUGAAAGCGGGGAGGAGCCAGAGUUGUCACACACAGGGGCAAAUGGGGAUGUUCAUGAGAUGUCAUUCAAAGAGCCAAAGGAUGUAGUAACUGUGGAGGCGGGGCCUGACUCCGACACUGACACCACGCUCCCACAGGCCAUCAUUCUUGACCUGAGCCCAGUCAACUUCCUGGAUACAGUUGGCGUGAAAACUAUACGCAAUAUCUAUAAAGAUUAUGGAGAGGCUGGUGUACGGGUGUACUUAUGUGGCUGCCAGAGAGGCGUUGUAGAGAGUAUGGAGAAGGGUGAUUUCUUCAAUGAGAAACUAACUAAAUCGAUUCUCUUCUCAUCAGUACAUGAUGCCGUUCUUUAUUGCCAGCAAGAAAACAGCGAGGAGGUUUUGCAGGGAACACAUUUGUAAAUCCAAACACCAAACGUCAUACGGAACACUCCAGAACGCAAUUGUUAUUUACACAAAUAGUAUUUGUUAUUGGAUUGUUAUUUAUUGUGUAUUUCACCUUGGGGAAGAAAAAAGUAAAGGAGAUGUUUUGAUGAUAAUUUGUUUUUAA